AGAACGUGGGCAGGACGGCGGCCAGGAGCCUCAUGACCUCAUCUUUUUCCGCCACAUGGGGAUUGGUGGCUGUGCUUGGGACAGGGUUUAAAUUCCCGAAGGUCAGAGAUGUCAGGCAGUCAGGGGACAAGGGAGAAAGCCAGAGCUUCUGGGAGCCAACUGACUUGAGCUGCUGCUGGGAUCACUAGGAGUGUUCUUGCUGCAGCUGACUCCUCCAGCACCAGAAAAGGUAAAACAUCACAAUGAAGGUGGCAGUUCUGUGUUUAUGCCUUAUCAGCAUCACCGCUGCAUGGCCAGUGAGUAAAUCCAAGCAGCAUGCCAUUUCUGCCAGCUCUGAAGAAAAAUAUGACCCCAGGGGCCAUCACUUGCACAGAUAUCACCAUGACCGUGUGAAUUCUCAGUCUUGGGAGAGUCAGCAGCACACACAGACUGACCUGGCAUCACCUCAGCAGACCCUUUACUCUUCAGAAGAAAGCGUGGAUGUCCCAGUGGAACCGCACUUUCCUGAUGUGUCAAGCAAAAGCCAUGAAGAUGUGAAUGACAAUGAUGAUGAUGAUAAUGAUUCCAAUGACACGGAUGAAUCUGAUGAGGUUGUCACAGGUUUUCCCACAGACAUUCCAGUAACUGUACCAUUCCCCCCAUUCCCUUUCACCCGGGGAGACAACGCCGGCAGAGGCGACAGCGUGGCCUACAGGAUGAGGGCAAAGGCCGCACUGGUGAAGUCUAUCAAACUCCGCAAAGAUGCAAAAAAGGUCAUGUAUGAUGCCACUGUGGAAGAUGAGAGCGAUCUGGAUGCAGACAGCCAGCGAGCAGGGUUCUCCCGGGAGGAUUCUGCUUCCCGCCGCUCCCUGGAGAAGCAUGCCAUCAGCGUGGAAUGGUCUGACAAGAGCCACGGGCAGGACAGCAGCGAGCUGGACAGCAAUCAGCCUGACCGGAGCAUGGAAAACGACAGCAGGCAGAAAUUCGACAGCCAUGAGGCAGAAGGCGAUGACAGCAAGUCUGCUGUCAGAGGGGACAGCUUCCCGAGUGUAGAAAGCAGGGAAAGCCAGGUCCGCGUUUCAGCUGAGGUCUCUGACGAUAACAGCAACCAAAAACUUGAGAGUGCUGAGGAUUCUCAAGACCGCCACAGCAUAGAAAAUAACGAAGUCACCCUUUAAAAAGGGAGGCAAAAGUAACGGUUCCCUUCUUUUUCAAUCCCUGGCUAAUGGCAGCGGGGCGUAGCUUCAUUUCAGGUCACUGUUCGCUAAUGUAGUUCGCGUGGUGACUUUUCGGGUUCGGGGCGGUCCAUGACCCGGUGGCCACCCCUGGGCCACCAGCAGAGGCUGCGGGACACACGGGGCGAGGGUCGCGCCGCUCUCUGCGCUGCCGGGCGGUGUCUUGCUCUGUAACGGGACUUAAAUAAAACCACAAAACCCUGUA